UUACAUUCGUGCGCAUGAGCCGUGACCCGAGCGCAAACCGGAGCCGGGAGGCCGGGGCGUGGCCCGAGCGUGGGGAUUCGGCGCAUGCGCUCCGCUCGCUCUGUGCCGCCGCCGCCGCCGCCGCCGCCGGGAGGCACCUGGAGUAUGUCGGCCCCUUUCGAGGAGCGCAGUGGGGUGGUUCCGUGCGGGACGCCUUGGGGCCAGUGGUAUCAGACCUUGGAGGAGGUGUUCAUUGAAGUGCAGGUGCCGCCAGGCACUCGCGCCCAAGAUGUCCGGUGCGACCUGCAGAGCCGGCACGUGGCGCUGGCGGUGGGUGGCCGCGAGAUCCUCAAGGGCAAACUCUUUGAUUCUACAAUAGCUGAUGAGGGAACAUGGACUUUGGAGGACAGAAAAAUGGUUCGUAUUGUUCUUACAAAGACAAAGAGAGAUGCAGCAAAUUGCUGGACUUCUCUUCUAGAAUCUGAAUACGCAGCUGAUCCUUGGGUGCAAGACCAAAUGCAGAGAAAACUUACAUUAGAGAGAUUCCAGAAAGAAAAUCCUGGUUUUGACUUCAGUGGAGCAGAAAUCUCAGGAAACUACACGAAAGGUGGACCAGAUUUCUCAAAUCUGGAGAAAUAGCUGCUAUUUUUUGCUGCAUUCUGUGGACCCUAACAGAUGUUGCCAACUUGAAGGAACAGAUUAUAUGGUAGAAGAAAAAUGUGGAUGCCUACAGUUAACAAAUUGCAAGCAAAAUAUAUUUAUGGUUCUAAAAAUUGCAUUCAAAUAUGAUUUACAUAGGAAACCUCUUAAAUACUGUGGUAGCUCUUCUAUUAAUAUAUGAUAACUUUUUUUGGACUUGGUUUUGCUCAGCAUGAAGUUUCAUAUGAUGCAUUUUGCUAAUUUCAUAUUUAACCUAUAUUUUUAAUACAAAAAUUGUUAGGAUAUAGAUCAUAAUGAAAUUUACAGGGUGCCUUCAGGGAAAGUUAAUUUGUUUUCUUUUAAUAAGUGUGAUGUAGGAGUAAUGUUCAAUAAACUUUUUAAAAAUAGGAA